AUGCUGGGUCUUGCAUUGGAUGGCGGCAGCCUGGCUUUGGCGGCUGAGCCCGCAGCCCCCCCGAAAUGCUCCGGCUCUGCCCCAGAGCUGCCCCCCACAGCAGCCAGCCCCGCAGCCAACCCCAGCCAGGAGUGGAAAGUGGUGAAGAUCCAACGGGUCCUCAUAAACCCUGCCAGUGAGCCGAGGAAAGCAGGUCUCUCCCGCAGCGCCAGCCUCUCCGAGAAGGAGCUGAAGGAGGCAAAGGCGCGGAGCCAGAGGAUCGCGGCACAGCUCACCACGGCACCCAGCCCCAGCUCCAAGGGUGUCCUGCUCUUCAACCGCCGCAAGCAGCGUGUCGAUGGGCUCGCUGGGGCCGGGCAUGGCGGGGGGCUGCCGCUGAGCCCUGCGCCCCGGCCUUCACAAGCAGCCAUGGAAGAGGGCGAGGGGCAGGGGACGAAGCCAGAGCCCAGCCAGCCUGGCACCCCGGGAGAGGAGCUGCGGGCGAACGCCUCCCCGUGCCGGGAGCCACCUGCCGAAGCCCAGCAGGUCCCGCUUAGCGUCUACCUGAAGGAGAACAUGGCAUCGGCCGCCACUAACAGCGUGCAGGAGCUGGCUGCCGGUCAGAUGGAGAGCGGGACGGGGGGUCUCGGGAAUGCAGAAGCCCCUGUGGGGCCAAGCACAGUGGCUCUUGCCCUGCCGCAGAGCCCUGAGGAGGGCAAGAAUGGCGAGGUGCCCGGUGAGGUGCCCAGCGUGCCGGUGGGGACGGCCACGGGGACGGCAUCCCCAGCCGGCCGGCAGCAGAACGGGGUGCAGGGCCGGCAGUACUAUGAAGUCCAUCUCACCCUGGCCAAGCCCAAGCCUGUGAAGAACCGGACGGCCAGACCCUUCGGCACCCAGGCAUCCCUCGCCAGCGGCCAGCCCGUGGAGGGACCCCCCGCCGCUGAGCUGCCCCCACCGCCCACCUAUGCGGAGACCCUGAGCAGCCCCCCACCACUCACACGUGUCCGCUCGCCCCCCGCCUACUCGGCUCUGUACCCUCCUCGGGAGCAGAAGAUGCUGCCAGGUCCCACCCUGGGCUGCGGGAUGAGCGGACCGAACCCCCUGCCCAAAACAGGGAUCCUGGAAGAGUCAGCUGCCCGGAGAGCCGGCAAAAAGUCCAUGUUCACCUUCGUUGAGAAGCCAAAGCUGGGCCCCAACCCCGAUCUGCUGGACCUGGUCCAGAGCGCGGACAGCAGGAAGAAGCAGAAGGAGCAGGGGGAGCCCGGUGCCGAGGACGAGCCCUUCGCCCUUGGGGCUGAAGCCGCCAACUUUGUCCCCAACAGUGCAGCCAGGGGCGGGCAGCAUCUCCCACCGGCCGACGAUGCUCCGGCGUGGUCCUCCUGCCUCAAGUCCCCCACCAUCCAGCCCAAGCCGAAGCCACAACCCAGCCACAACCUCAGCGAAGCGAGAGGGAAGGGGGCCGAGCUCUUCGCCCGCCGGCAGUCCAGAAUGGAGAAGUUCAUCAUCGAGGCUCCCUCCCAGCCCGAGCUGCUGCGGUCCCCGUCGCCCACCAUGUCCCUGCCUCCUUCCUGGAAGUACGACGCCAGUGCUUGCCUGUCACCCAUGGUCUCCAGACACCCCUCCAAGAGUCCCUCCAGGCCCUCCAAAACCCCCCCAGCCUCUCUGUACAGCAGCAACCUGGUGGAGAACGAGGUCUCCCAGAAGGAGCUGGAGAUCUCCAAGCACCAGCCCUACCAGCUCCAGUCUUCGCUUUUCAUCCUCUCCCCAUCCAAGGGGCCAGCACGGUCCAUGCCCCGGGAGAUGCCUCCACCCAGACCCUCUCUUCCCGAUGCCUACCCCUACCCCCAGCAAACCUCCUGCCCGACCUCUCCAUUGCCUCCUUCCCCUGUUUGGCAUCCCCCCGCUGUGCCCGGCACCAGCCAGACCACCUCCAGCCCCUUCCCCAGCACCACUGGGGCUCUGCCCCUGACUCACGGCGGCCGUGCCAGUCCUGGAGCCCCAACCGAGGUGCUGCUUGCCUCCCCGUGCCGCCUGCUGCCGCCUCGAGCAAAGGGGGGCUUCCAGGCGCCGCGGCCCUCCUACUCCACCAGGAAUGCCGGCAUCGAGCCGCAGGAAAGGCGGCCGUCCCUCCCCGCCUCGCCCACCUGGAUGCCCCGGCUGGUGCGGUGCCCAGGCAGCCUGGACGGCUGGGCCAGCCCGGCCUCGGUGCCCGAGCUGGACGAGGGACCCCCCACGUCCCCUCCGUGGAGCGAGAGGUCCCUGUCCCCGCUGCGGCAGGAUGCCGACCCCCGGGCCAGCCGGCAGAUGCAAGCGCGGCUCGCCAGGAACAUCAUCAACGCUGCCCGGAGGAAGAGCUCCUCUCCCAAAGCCGUGGGGCCGGAGGGCUCCCGGCCCUUCACCCCCAUCCCCGCUGGCCCCCCCAGCCUCCCCCAGUCCCCCAGGCCAGCACGGCCAGAGAGCUCCAGAGCCCCAGCACCACAGGCAGCCAGCAGCGUGCUGGGCAGCCCCUCGCCCACCCACAAAAGCCCCCUGCGAUCGCCCCGGGCGGACAGCCCCCAAUUUUGUGCCUCCCCCAGGAUGCCCCGAGCCACCUGGGCAGAGGGUCGCCAGCUCCUGCUGCCACCCGGUGUGUCCUCCUGCCCCGUCCCCGGGCUGUCCCCCAGCCCCAAGAGCCCCCUGCCAUCCCCCGUGGUGGGCGGGCGGUCUCUGGCCAAGCGCUGCACCUCCCGGUCCCCGACGGACUCGGACGUCUCCCUUGACUCCGAAGACUCGGGGGCCAAGAGCCCGGGCAUCCACAGCUUCAACCUCUGCCCCCGGGGCUGGACCGGCAGCCUGCGGCUGAAGCCAGGGGGGCUGCCCUCGGGGGCCCCCUGCACCUCCUAG